GCUUGAAUGUUUCUGUCAUGUUUGACGUCAUCAUGCAUCAUGGCCGCUUCCUUGGAAGUGGAUACUUUUUCGACAAUGACUGGUUCGGGUGACUUGAAAACAGAAGAUGUCGAGGACAAGUCUGAACAGGAACCAAAUGACGAAGAUGCCGAGGAUGACGAAACGGUGGAGGAACCAAGAGAACCAAGGAUUCGUGAAACACCAGAGGACAUCAAACUCGACGCAAUUGUCAACACAUUGGCCUUCCAUCCAAAGCAAGACAUUUUUGCUGCCGGAGAUAUUGACGGAGAUAUUUAUGUAUACUCCUACUCCUGCACGGAAGGGGAGAGCAAGGAGCUAUGGUCAUCUGGUCAUCACCUCAAGUCGUGUAGGGAAGUAGCUUUCUCUCAUGAUGGACAGAAACUUUUCAGUGUGUCAAAAGACAAGUCAGUCCAUCUCAUGGAUGUUGAAGAGGGAAAACUUGUCACGCGCAUCACCAAAGCCCACAGUGUUCCUAUCAAUGCACUACUACUGGUGGAUGAGAAUGUGCUGGCCACCGGGGAUGACGAGGGCACCCUGAAGGUUUGGGACAUGAGGAAAGGCACAUCAUUCAUGGACCUGAAACAUCACGAAGAUUACAUCAGCGGCAUUGCUGUGGACCAGGCUAAGCGAAUACUUCUGACCUCCAGCGGCGACGGCACGAUGGGGGUCUUCAACAUCAAGAGACGGCGAUUCGAGCUCCUGUCAGAGUUCCAGAGUGGCGACCUGACCUCGGUGGCCAUUAUGAAACGAGGGAAGAAGGUGGUGUGCGGCUCCAGCGAAGGAACCAUGUACAUCUUCAACUGGAACGGCUUUGGAGCGACUAGCGACCGCUUCGCUGUGAAGGCGGAGUCAGUGGACUGCAUAGUUCCCAUCACAGACAGCAUCCUGUGUGCUGCCUCAACAGACGGAGUUAUACGUGCUGUAAACCUCCUGCCUAAUCGGGUUCUGGGCUGCAUAGGACAGCAUGUUGGAGAGCCCAUUGAGCAAAUUGCUUGUUCUCGUGACUCACAUUUUCUAGCAAGCUGUGCCCAUGACCAGAUGAUCAAGUUCUGGGACAUUUCAAGUCUGCGGGAAAUGACAGUCAGUGACUACCGAAAGCGGAAGAAGAAAGAUGGAAAUCUAAAGUCUCUCAGCAAGAAAGCUUAUGGAGGUGGGGAUGACUUCUUUUCUGGACUGAUGGAAGAGACUGAGGCAAAAAAGGAAGUGAAAGAAGAGGAUGAAGAAGAAAGCGACAGUGAAAGCGACAGUGAUUAAAGGUUACUUGUAGAAGUCAAGUCUGGUGCGUGAUGGGUUGGUCUUGGAGAUGAAAAACGCCUUCAUCCAUUGCUUGCAGUGUUGUUUUCUCCUGAAACAUUAUUCCUAAAAAAUCUAGUGCAAACCAGGCUAAAGUAUUGUCUUGUUAAGUAACUUUUAUAUAAAUCCGACAAUCCUAGGUUGUGACCAUCUUCCAGAGAUUAACAGUAACAAUUAUCGCUAAACCCUGCGUGUUUCUGCAAUUUAUUUUUAUACAUUUGAUUUUAAACCUAACUAUAUCCAAACGCAGGGGCAUCGUUAGGCCUGGGCAUCGGAUGUCAAAUUAUUUAUUUAUUUUUACAAAAAAAGUAUUAUUAAAAUCUGUAGUUCUGCAUUAAAGCCCUCAAAAACAA